AUGCGACUGAUGGGAUGUUUGAUCUUAUCAACUUAUAUGAAACUUACAGAGGAAGGAAUUGGAUCUACUUCCACUUCCCGUCGUUUCGAGCUAUCUACACACAUGUAUACGGGUGAUCUUGGUCACUUUCCCAUCCCUGAAGCUUUCGGGUAUAUGAAGCGUCUUGAGGUCAUUAACCUUGCUGCAAAUACUUUAGAAGGUGGAUUGCCCAAAUCUUUUGGGAAUUUGAGUCACUUGAAAACCCUUAGUUUAUCAUUGAAUAAAAUGAACCGACCACUUUCUGAAUUAUUCCUACGUUUGUCUGAUAGUGGUUGUCAGAUUUUGUGCAUUGAUUCUUCUACGACAUGCUAUACAAGUGAAGGUUCCUGUUCCCAGAAGAACUUAAGUGAAACUCAAACUGAUAAGAUUGGUUCGUCCAGAUCUAAUUUAGAUUCUGCUAGCACUUCCACCAGUGAUUCGUGGCAGCUUAAAUUGAGGAUUGAAUCACUCUGA